GCAUGCGCAAAGUACGUUGUAAACAAUGAGACGAGACUAUCAGACCGUCCUCAGCUUUGUGUCUGUCCACCACUUUGUGUAUAAAACUAACGAGGACUUCCUAAAGCUCAUCGUAAAAUGCAAAACACGUUGCUCUGGGGCUGAAGCAUGGACGCAGUUUUAACCAGGCUGAAGGGCCUAACAGCGGAUGAACUACGCGAGGAAUUUGCCCGGGCAGGCCUGAAGUGCGUCGCCAUCACGGCCUCAACCCGAUCUAUCCUUGAAAAGAAGUUGGCGCGCAAGCUCCUUGAGUCAGCCAGUGAUACCACUGAAACGGGCAAGAGUUCCUCUGCAAGGGAUGCAGACGACGUGACUUCAGCAGCUGACCGUGACAAACCUCAACCGUGUGCCAAGACAACUGUUGCAGCAAGCGGCAGCCCAAAUGAGGAACUGGACUUUGGUUAUGGUGUGGGGCUCAACCCGCCAGAGGAAGAGGAGAUCUCUAACUCUCAAUCCAAGAUGAAAACGCCUUCAAAAGCAGCACAAGUAUCCCCAACCUAUUAUUAUGGAGUAUGUCCUCCAAUAUGGGAGGACAUGUCACGAAAAGAAAGAGGACAGGUGUAUGCAGAUAAGAAAGAUGCCCUUCAAGCUGUAAAGGCGAUGAAGGGAUCACGUUUUAAACCCUUUUCCAACCGUGAGGAUGCUGAGAAGUUUGCCAAGGGAAUCUGUGACUAUUUCCCCUUUCUCAACAAAUCCAUGGCAUGCGUAUCUCCUGUUGAACCAGGCCAAAUCAUCAGCAAAGACACGAUGGAGGUGGAUACCAUUAGCAGGGAACGGGCCAACACUUUCAAGUGCCCACGCACCCAGGACCUUACGGCCAAGUUGAGGAAAGCCGUGGAAGAGGGAGAUGAGAAGGAGUUUCAAGCUAGUGUCUGGGGCAACCCGCGCUAUCUCAUUGGCUCAGGGGAUAACCCCACUAUUGUUCAGGAGGGCUGCAGGUACAACGUAAUGCAUGUGGCGGCCAAGCAGAACCAAGCGGGCAUUGCCCAACUUCUCCUGGAUACUUUAGAGGACCCAGCGUUCAUGCGUCUCAUGUACCCCGAUGACCAAGAAGAGACACUGCAGAAGCGCAUUCGUUACAUUGUCGAUCUUUACCUCAACACUCCGGAUAAGGCGGGUUGUGAAACGCCGCUCCACUUUGCCUGCAAGUUUGGAUGUCCAGAUGUUGUCAACGUGCUGUGCACGCAUCCUGACACAGAUAAGAACUGCAAGAACAGUGACAACCAGAAGCCUUGUGAUAUUAUUUGUAGCAGAAAGAACACAAGCGAAGAAGUGAGCGAGAAAAUAAGGGACUACUUGGAGGACCGCUGCUACAUCCCCUUGCUUAGGCCAGCCGAUAACACGUCACAGCCCAUCAUAGGUGCCCCGUGGUCGCCUGAAGCCUCAGAGAGUCUCUCGCUGAUCCAACGACAUGCAAAAAGCCCGCUGGAUCCACUGAUGGCUGUCACAGCCUUUGCUGGUCCACUGAGUCCCUCUAAAGCGGGGGAUUUUCGACGUUCUUGGAAGACCCCACCUCGGAAUCGAGCAGAGAAUUUCCACAACAUUCUUAAGUCGGAUCCUGACCGUGGUGCAGAGCGGGUUGGCAGAGAUUUGGCUCACGAGAUGGGUCAUCCCUGGGCAGAAUACUGGGACUUUCUUGGCAGUUUUGUAGAUCUGUCAUCAACCAAGGGACUUCAAAAGCUGGAAGAGUACCUGCGUAAGAGGGAUUCCUUUCCACAUACUUGUGAAGAAGGGGAAAAUGAGACCAGCAACAGAUUUAAAACUCCUUCCCCAGGGAAGCCCAAGAAGUUCUGCAACUCCAUCUCUGUUGGUGCCUUCUUGGACGAGAGUGAGGACAUCAGCCUUGAGGAGAUGAAGAAUAGGCAGAAUGCAGCACUUACUUGCAUCACCUCCUCCGCCGCAUCCUUGGACAACCUGAAAGGUGCAGUGGGAGGUCACGACGUCCACAUCAUGCCAAUGGGAUUGAAGUAUCGUGGAGGCGACCUGAUCGAGACGGCAGCCGAGCAGGAUUUGCUAUCACCCAGCGUCUGCAUAAAUGGGGUGUGCUCCUCCCCAAGAGAUGGCAUUUCCAAUGGAGACACCAUAUGCCCUCGGAGCUCGCCAUCUGCCUCCAGCUUACUCUCACCCAUCUCCAACCUCUCGGAGGAAUUUGAGCGCAUGUCGCUUCAAGAACUGCCGGUCAACCCAGACAGAUGCAGGGAGCAAAGGAGCAGUGGCGGGAACCGACACCGAGACACCCUUGACUCCGACGGCUCCUCCAUUAGCGUAGACCCGGGCGCUGAGCUCAAGCGGCUGUCCAUUGGUCACAGCACCCAAAACAACGAGGCCCUGAAGGUGGCUGAGUCAGAGGAACGGUGCGGCGGCAGCAGCUCCGAAGAGUUCUUUGAGGCAGAUGAGGACAGCCUCGAAAUGAUGAGCAGGACAAGGGAGCCGGCCUCAGGGGUGCGCAACUUGUGUGCGAGGUCCAAAUCGUGGGAUCAUGGCGGGAGAGACCUGAGCAGCUCGGGGUCAUCAGGAUCCUCCUAUAAAUCCUUGGAUAAUUCUCAUGAGUUCCUUCAUCGGACCCCACCUCACAGUAGAAGGGGACUCUUCAUUGAUGGGGAUUCGCCUACCAAGUUGGACCGGGAUGUGUUGGCAGCAAUCGGCGAUGUAGAGGUGGAUCUCAAAAAGUUUCCCAGUAUUCACAAGUGGAUGAGCACAAUGAAGUCCUACUCUUCCUCAGACAUGAACAGUUGGCCGAGCCCUGUGGUGGUAAAACAGCGACUCAGGGUGCAGCAUCAGACUCCCGGCUCGCCGUCUGGCAUCCUCACCUCUCCCUCGGGUCACUUUAGCCCCGCCCGCCAGGCCGCCUCACCGGAUUUCAGCCCCAGCCGCUACAGCCCAGCCAACAUGAGCUACAUCCAACGCCUUCGCCUCAAGCGCUUGAACGAGUCGUUCAAGCCACAUCAUCCUCAACCUCCCGUAACAAGCCUGAAUUAAAGAAUGGAAGAGCCUAGAAAAGUUCUCUUAUUGAGCUGCAGCACACACAAUAUUUUAAAAAACUAUUUAAAAACAAAAAAAAAGAAACUUCAGUAAUGAGUGUACUUUCUCAGUGCAGACCGUGGAUGUUAUCUGUGACAAGUGGAGCACCUGCCCAAGUUGAUGUUUUUUGGAUAUUAUGAUUACAAGCCACACUCCCCAAAGUCUGUAACAAAAACACAUUUAAGUGUGGGGUUGUCAGCACUAAAUGUUCUUAAAUAGAAAAAAAUAUUUUUUGUGUAUGUUGGUCAGUAGCACAAAUUUUUUUUGUUUUUUGAUGUUAAACCGACUGCCAUUUCCUGCAUUUUCCUCAGUUCAGUACUUGCCUUAAUGUUCAAAAGUAAUGGACUCCUUCUGUCCUUUUGGACACAUAAUCUAGCUCACAUCUGGACAUUACUGGCUGUAGCAACACAGCAAACCCAGGAAUACUGAAUGAAUCUUCCAUGCUUUUAUUUGUUCAAUAAAUGGAGUUGUUUUUAUCUUUACUCAGUGGAUUCAAGACAUCUUGACUUUUCCUUUUAGAAACAUGUUCUCAUGGUAAAGUUUCAAGCCGCUUCCUUUGGGGGACUAACACACGGACACAGGAGUCAAGUGUUAUAUUGCAAUAAGAGAUCAGAAGAAAACUUUUAGGACUGGCAAGUUGAAAGCUGAUAACAUUUUAUUCAUUAGUUUGGAGAAGUAAUCUCUGGCUGACACAAGUGUGACAUUUUUUCACUUCCAAUAUACGCUUGUAUUGGAGGGAAGUGUAAAAAAAAAAAAAAGAUACAGAAAAAACAUUUUGAUUUAAAAAACAAUUUCCACUUACACUUGAUUUGUUCUGAAUGUAAUUUUGGGUGAACUCAAACUUUCUCAGAGAGCACAAACAACUUUGCUGAGGAGAUUGUCAUCACACUUGUGCUCUCAGGUUAGAAGAGGAAAUAUUUUUCUCUGAAUGUUUCUGAAUGUGUGGAGCGUUUCAAAUGUGCCCCUAAAAACUUCAACCAUGCUUCUUGUGCUUUUUGCAUUAUCUCUCUUUCUGUAUGUCACGGACGUGUUUGCUUUCAAGUAGUCAAUAAAACAUCACUCCUA